AUGUUCACGCAGCCGCUGCUGUACAAAGAGAUCAAGAACAAGCCGUCGGUCCUCAAGACGUACGCCGAGCGUUUGCUGGCGGAGAAGGUGAUCUCCGAGGCGGACGUAGAGGAGAUCCGCAAGAGCCUGGACGAGAAUCUGGACCGGGCGUUCAAGUCCGUGAAGGAGACACCGGUCGACCCGACGCCGGACCCCGGCGCGAACAAGUGGAUCGGCGUGGACAACGCGUUCAGCUUCGACCGCGUGAACACCGCGGUGCACCUCGACGACCUGCUCGAGAUCUCCCGCGCGAUGGGGACGUGGCCCUCGGACUUCAAGCCGCACCCCAAGCUGGCGAAGCUCCUCGAGGAGCGCGCCACGUGCGUGCCCGAGGACAAGCCGCUCGACUGGGGCACGGCCGAGACGCUCGCGGUGGGCUCGCUGCUGAUCCAGGGCGUGAUCACGCGGUUCUCGGGUCAGGACUCCCGACGCGGCACGUUCAGUCACCGCCACGCGGUGAUCCGCGAUUACAACACCGCGGAGAUCUACUGCCCGCUCAACCACAUCCGCGAGAUGGGUAUCCCCGGGACGGAGAUGGACGCCGGGACAGUGAACGACGAGGGCAAGAUCCGGCAGGCGAAGUACUGCAUCUACGACUCGCCGCUGUCGGAGUACGCGGUGCUCGGGUUCGAGUACGGCUUCUCGCUCGCGUCUCCGAACAUGCUGGUCGUGUGGGAGGCGCAGUUCGGCGAUUUCUCCAACGGCGCCCAGGUGGUGUUCGACCAGUUCAUCGCCAGCGCCGAGGCCAAGUGGCACCGGUGGUCGGGCCUCGUGUGCCUGCUGCCCCACGGCUACGAGGGCCAGGGCCCGGAGCACUCCAGCGCGAGGCUCGAGCGGUUCCUCAAGCUCUGCGGGAAGAAGAACAUCCAGGUCUGCAACCCGACGACGCCCGCGCAGAUGUUCCACAUGCUGCGCCGCCAGGUGCUGCGAAAAUUCCGCAAGCCGCUCAUCGUGAUGUCGCCCAAGAGCCUCCUGCGCCUGCCGGCGUGCACGAGUCGCGUGGAGGAGCUGACCUCCGGCUCGUUCCGCGAGAUCCUGGACGAUCCGACGCUCGAGACGAAGAAGGCGAAAUCCAAGGUUCGGCGUGUCCUGCUCUGCUCGGGCAAGGUGUACUACGACCUGGACGCCCGCCGGAACGAGAUCGGGCGGGACGACAUCGCCAUCGUGCGCAUCGAGCAGAUGUACCCGUUCCACACGGACCUGAUGCGCGAGAUCCUCGAGAGCUACCCCGAGGGCGUCGAGGUGUUCUGGGUUCAGGAAGAGCCGCAGAACAUGGGCGCCUGGGGACACAUGCACCUCACGUUCUACACCGAGUUCGGGCGCGACCUGCCGUACAUCGGCCGGCAGACCUCGCCCACGCCGGCGACCGGGUCCCCCACCAUCCACCGCCAGCAGCUCGACCGAUUCCUCACCGAAGCCGUCGGCGCCCUGCAGCCGCAGGAAGCCACGGCCUGA